AUAGACGAUGAUCCCCAUUUGAGUCUAACGAAUAUUAACGAAUCGUGAACAUUAAAGUUUUAUUUAUUUUUACAAAAUUGAAUGUGCAAUCUUACGUAUUUUACUCAAUGUUUGGUAUGAUAUAUUUUAACUAAUUUAUUUUUAAGUUUAUUUCUACAAACAAACCGAUUUUAUGGAGAAUAAUGAAAGUGCAAGCAUGGAGGAUGAAAACACCAAGUCAUAUCUACAGUUGCAAAUUGAAAAGCUAAAAGCUUUGAGAGCCAAGCUAACCACUGAUGCAGAGGAAGAUUUUAUUAUUAAAGCUGAACCGCGAAGCGGCUAUGAGUCGGAGACGAGCGAGUGUUCAGAGGACUCCGCGGCCUACGAAGAUGUGCAGGCUGCAGCCAAAAGCUCUGGGUCGCGGAAGAAUAUCAAUAGGGGGCGGUGGACGAAAGAGGAGGAUAAAAGGCUAAAGAUGUAUGUUAAGAUGUACAACGAGAACUGGGAGCUGAUAUCGGCGCAGUUCUCAGACCGAUCCGACGUCCAGUGCCAGCAGCGGUGGACGAAGGUCGUCAACCCUGAACUAGUCAAAGGUCCCUGGACCAAGGAGGAAGACGAGAAGGUGGUAGAGUUGGUAGCCAAAUACGGACCAAAAAAAUGGACGCUUAUUGCCCGGCAUUUGAAGGGCAGGAUAGGAAAACAGUGCAGAGAGCGCUGGCACAAUCACUUAAACCCUUCAAUAAAGAAGACAGCAUGGACGGAGCACGAAGACCGCGUGAUAUACCAAGCGCACAAGCAACUUGGCAACCAGUGGGCCAAGAUCGCCAAGUUAUUGCCUGGCCGAACUGACAACGCCAUAAAGAACCACUGGAACUCAACAAUGCGUAGGAAGUACGAGCCAGACAUGAUAGAUUCGUACGAGUGCCUCCGACGAAAGCGGCCCAAGCGAGACGUAAGGGCAGACGAGAAAGUCCAAGUUGCAUACAACGACUCAUGGACGGACCCAUUCAACGAGUCCACCCAAAGCAACUCCUCAUCAACCAGCCAAACGCCAAGCACAGUGCUGCACUUCCGACGAGUGCUCAAGGAACAACUGAACAGCAUUCAACACACGCAGCAACUGACGAGGCAACAGUCGCCCGACCGCGGCGCCCUCGUGCCUGCCGACGAGAUCGAGAUCCUGCACGAGCCGUUCAAAUUCAUCAACAUCGAAUCGUUGCCAACAAACUCUCCUAUUAGAAGUUAUUUAAGUCAAACGUAUCCUAAUGAAGAGAAUAACCAGGAAAACUCGAAUGGAGUAACAUACUCCGUCCAGUCGGAAGGCAUCAAAGAAAUCGUGGUGCCGUCAGUGUAUUCGUCCCCUAAGAAGAAGUCUAUGGAAACCAACAGUCCCCCUCCCAUACUGAGGCGAAAGCCGAAGAAGAUGCUCACGCCCAACCCUAGUAAUCCAUGGUCGGACACCCUUCGAGCGUUUGAAGGCAGAGAUAGCGGAGUGACUCCCAUCAAAGCGCUGCCCUUCAGUCCCUCGCAGUUCCUGAACUCGCCCGGAGGCCUCGCGCCGAGGGAACUCACUCCCUUGAGGGCCUCGCAGCACAAAGAUUGGACGGCCAGUCCGUUGCUGCACACUCCAACGCCAGCUAAUAUCACUCCAGGGAACAACAGCAACCUUAGGAAUAACGCGACUCCCAAAACGCCAACCCCCUUCAAAAUUGCGAUGGCAGAGAUCGGCAAAAAGUCCGGACUGAACUACGAGCCUUCCAGCCCUGGUCUAUUAGUAGAAGAUAUCACCGAGAUGAUCAAACGCGAGGAGAAUUCCGACAGCACUGUGCAACUGAAUGACUCGCUACUGUCGUCCAUUGCUGACCAAGAUGCUGCCAAUGUACAGGUAAACAACGAUUCCGGUAUAGGCAGCCUGAAGCGUCGCGUGUCCGAAACGUCGCAAACCGGCAAGGAAAACGUCCCGGGGACGGUCCACAAGAAAGCCAGAAAGGCUCUGGCAAACAGCUGGGGAGCGGCAACUAGCACGCCGCACGCGCAUUCUAAUCAGAGCCUGGUGCCUGAAGUUUCGUUUAUUGUGGAGACACCGAGCAAAACGCUGGCCGGUGACAGCUCGGUCAUGUUCUCCCCACCUUCGAUAGUCAAGCACUCCCUUCUAGAAGAAUCCACCAGCCUCCACAGUCUAAUCUCAGCUGAAAACACCCCGGAUACGAAAUACGAAGACCUGGACAUAGAAUCCGUGAUCACCGAAAAAACUAAGGUACAACACCGGUCCUCGAUCCCUACUAAUCCCACACCUAACUUACCCGACCGAUUAAUAUACCAAAUGUACGAGAACCAAUACAGUAAUGAAACAAACCAAAACUAUACGAAUUUAGAUAACCAAAACGUAUUUAGAGAUAUUACUAAUGAGUCCCCGCGGAGUUUUGCAAGGUUGAACGCGGAUAGGCUAAGGACUAUUACGUCAUCAAACGAGUUAGCGUGCGAGAGUAAUCUAAUAGCGCCUAAAGAAGUAUUAGCCAAUGCAUUUGCUGACCACAUCUAUAAAGUCACCAAUCAAAAGCCUUCCACGUCUCGGAUAGACGAAAUAUUAACGAAUAAGAUCAUGGGGAACAAACCCAACGAAUAUGUAGACAAAGAAAACCAGUGGUGGCAAAUGGAGAAGACGACGAAUCAAAACGAAGAGAUAUAUCCGAACGAUUAUUUUAUAUUCGGAACCGGGUAUGGGGAAUGACCAUAAUGUAGAUAGGUUUUUUUUUUCAAUUGCUUAUGGUACAAUGUUAACUAAGAGUUAAUUUAGUGAAGCUUAUCGUACUUAACUAAAACUAAAUGAUAAAAUAAAUGAAUACUAAAACUAAUUUUCAAAUAAAUGAAAACUAAUACUAAUUUUCAAUUAAUUGAAAACUAAAAACUUUAUUGCGUUUUGUAAAUAAACUAAAAUAACACAUAAUAAACACUUUAAAUAUUUCGGAAUGAAAGAAAUCAUACGUUUUUUAUAAGUUUUAGUGAUAGGUAUGUUGGCGACGCGACGACGCAAUCAUAAUUUUAAUAUCGUGUUAAUUUUUUUCGUGAUUUUCGUAUAAUUUCUCGAAUGAAUUUACAAAAAAUUAGGAUAUAACAUAAAAGUAAUAUUAAUUCGCGUUUUUAAUUUUAGCAUUUCAUAGUAUUUAUAAGAGCACCAAACUAAAACUAAUUUUAACGUAAAACGAGAUUAGGUCGUAAGUAACCAAAGAUGAAAUUUUCAUCAAAUGAAUAUCGUUGUGAAUUUAAUUAAUAUAUUGGUGAAGUUUAGUUUUUAAAAUUAUUAAUUUAGUUAAUUUAAUGCAAAAAGUAUACCUCAAGUUUACCAUGCACCAAAUCGUUUUAGUGUUAUUAGUUAGGAUUUCGUCUUUUUUAAGGAUUUCAAGUAUUAAAUAGGGUUUUAGAUUUAAAUACUUGUUCGGCGUAGUAACAAAAAACGAGUAGGGUCAUCAGCAGAUGUAUCUGCCACAAAAUGAUGAAUUUCUCAAAGCAUUUUGAAUUUUAUUCCUUCAAAAAAGGUCAUAAAUUCAAUAGACGUGUUGACACCACCAAUCAAUUGACGUACUUUAAAAACUGUCAAAACGAGACUCGCAUAGAUUUUGUAGGGCAAUACAAGCAAGUGACGUCACUAUUUUGUCAACUCAAACUACUUUUUGCAAUUACAUACAAUGCAACCAAAAAUCUUAAAUUUACAAUUAACUUUUCAAGACCAUAAUGAAGUGUAUUUUUAAAAAGUUGUGAUUUCGAAUUAUUGGGGAACUAGCUUUCCGCCCGCGGCUUCGCCCGCGUGGAAUUUUGUCUGUCACAGAAAAACUGUAUCACGCGCGUUCCUGUUUCAAAAACCGGGAUAAAAACUAUCCUACGUCCUUUCCCGGGACUCAAACUACCUCUAUGCCAAAUUUUAUCAAAAUUGGCUCACUGGUUGUGGCGUGAAAGAGAGACAGAGAGACAGACAGACAGUUACUUUCGCCUUUAUAAUAUUAGUAUAGAUGGUGUCAAAUAGUCUCAGCACAUUGAUCAGUUUGUGGUAGAUUGAUUUGCGACUAAAAAUAUAGAAGGCACGGAGAUAACUUCGCUUGCAGUAUUUUAAAACGUGGCUGUAAGGACUAAAUUCCUCUGAGCCAAAAAUGUUGAAAUCUAGGUAGGAACUAACGAAUCCCUGUGUUAGGCCACCUAUCCUACCCCUGUAUUUAUUUAUUUAGAAAGUCUAUUAAUAAUAGUAUUUUGCUUUGUAAUUUGCAUUAAAGUAUAACAUUUUAUGACAAGGAAAGUGGGUUACGUCGAACUUUGGUUAAAACGUGUUAUAUUGUUAGCACUUCCAUAAAUAAAUUGUCAAAUACACUGAGUGUUGUGUCAUAAAAUACGUUAAAUAAUCUGAAGAAAUAGUUGUGUUUUCUUUAUUAUAUUUUUAUGCGAACGCAUCGAUAUUUACCUUUGGUUUUACAACAUUUUUUGUAAAUUUUUACAUAAUAUUUGUGGAAGUAGUAAUAAUAUAAAAAAGACCCACUUUUCGUACAUUAAAAAUUUCGUUUGCUGUCGCAACGGUUGUGAAGUUAUUUAUUUCGAUCAUUUUUUUUUGUUAAAUUUUUAACAUUUUUAUACAAAUCGGCAGCUAUACUUAAUUUAUACUUUAUUUGAAAUAAAUAAAUGACAUUAUCCUGCUCCAAAUUCCUUUCUUUGCCUUCGUCCUCCCGAUGUCCUAUCCUAUCACAAUAUUGACAGACCAGUGUUGAAUCUACAUAUUUUCUUAUUUUUAAAACUUAUUUAUUUAAACUUGUUAAAUACGAUUGUUUUUUGUUACUAUUUAUGAUUUAUAUAAAUUGUUUUAAUUUAUUCUGUAGUGGUAGGCCCUAUAUUUGUAUUAUGGUAACAUUUUGUAUUUUACAAAUUGUGUUUUUUUUUUACUUUUUAUUUUGAGUUAGUAUAGUGUCACUGUCAAUAUUGCUUGUGAUCCAAUCCACUGUCCAAAAGUUGAUCCAAUGUCAUUUUUUAUUUCAAUAAAUGUAUUUUCACAGUAUA